AUGUCAAAUUCGAAUACUAAAAUAUAAAGCUAAACUGAUAUGAAAUAGAAACUAUUAAAUAUUUUAUCAGAGAAAAACAGUAAGGUCACAUCUUAACAAAAGCCAUGUUCAAGUUUAGAUUAUUAUUCAUUGUAAAGAAAAUUGUCAUAACGAUCACACAAAUUACCUGUUGAAAUGACUAAAUUCGAAAGAGAAAGAUGGUUAUUUGAAAUGAUGAAUACCUAAGACUUGGCACAAUAAGUAUGAAUAUAUUGGUGAAGUUAAGGAAUAAGAAUUGAAGGAAAUAUAUGUAAGAACAACCAAAUUGAUUACACGGUAUCGUAAUAAAGAAAUCAAGUGGAACAAAAAAAAAGAGGCUUUGUAAAAUGAGAUUGAUUUGCUUCGUUCAUUAUUAGAAUAGUCUUGA